GAAAAACCUUCCCCCCUUACUCUCGUAGGGUUUUGCAUUCUCAAACACACUCUCUCUCACGCGCGCUCGACAAUGACGAAGCUUAGGAAGUUGAAUCGCCCAACGGGCCAUCGACUUUCCAUGCUCAGGACGAUGGUUUCGCAGUUGGUGAAGCAUGAGCGUAUAGAGACCACAGUCGCUAAAGCCAAGGAAGUUCGUAGGCUUGCUGAUAAUAUGGUGCAGCUUGGGAAAGAGGGAACUCUAUGUGCUGCAAGGCGUGCUGCUGGCUUUGUGCGUGGGGAUGAUGUUCUUCACAAACUAUUUACAGAACUGGCCUAUAGAUACAAAGAGAGAGCUGGUGGAUACACUAGGUUGUUAAGAACAAGAAUACGUGUUGGUGAUGCUGCACCUAUGGCCUAUAUUGAGUUCAUUGAUAGGGAAAAUGAACUUAGACAAUCAAAACCACCCACUCCACAGCUACCACAAAGACCAGCCAUGGAUCCCUGGACAAAGUCUCGGCUCAGUAGGCAGUUUGCACCCCCUAAAGAGGAGAAAAGCACCGACUCUGAGAAUUGAAAUAAGAUACAUACCCAUUGAAUUUAAUGGAGAUUUUGUCCAAUCUGCUAUUUGUUAUCUUUAAUGAGCCUCUACAUAACAGCGGGAUAUAAGGGAUAGAAUAAACGCCAAAUGAUGAAAUAUCCCGGCUUUACAGCAUUUAUCUUUGUUUAUAGCAGCUGUGUUUGAGCUUUUUAAGAGGUGAGUUUUGGUGUGAAUUUCUCUGGGAAGCCUAGCCUAGCCGCCUGUGUAGUGAUGCCAUUUAGAAGGUAACUUUUCUGACACAGCUAAGCUGUUAAUGAAUGAUUGAAGUAAACUUUGCAAUGACAUAAGAUUCCCAUUUCCCUUUGGCUUAUGUUUUCCUUUCCCUU